AUGAGUCCCGGAACUUCUGCUGGAAAUAAAGGCUUGGGACUCGUUUGUGCUGCGGGAGAGGCGGGAAGUGAGCGUGGCCGUGUGGUGUCGGGGCCGAGGGUCCCGAGGGGCGGCUGCGGGCCGCCGGUGCCGGCUCUCCGAGGGCGGCGGGGCUCCAGGGGCGGCUCCAAGCGGGCCCCGCUCUGUCCGGGGAGCGGGGCCGGCCCGGGGCCUCGCACCCCCCGAGAGAGCCCCGCGGGGGCGUGCCCGCCACGUGCGCGCCCCGCCCCAGCCAAUGGGGAGGGCGCGGCGCGGCGCGGCCUGGGCGGCGAGGCCGGCGGGCUGCGGGAGCUCGGAGCGCGGCUGCUGGCGCUGGUGCCGUGCGCGGCGUUCCGGCGGGCGCUGGAGCGCGGCCUGGGGCGGGCGGAGCGGUGGCGGUUCGGGGCCGAGGAGGAGGCGGGCAGCGAGCCGCGGGCGCUGCCCUGGUUCGCCUGGCUGCGGGUGCCCGGGCUGGACGCGCCCGAGGGCGGCUGGGCGGCGCGGGCCAGCGCCGGCUGCCUGCGCAAGGGACAGGCGCUGCUGGCCUGCGGGUCCCCCUUCGGGGACCUGUGCCCCGAGCUCUUCCUCAACACGCUGAGCCGGGGGGUGGUCAGCAACCUGGCGGGCGAGGAGAACGCCCUGGUGCUCACCGAUGCCCGCUGCCUGCCCGGCACCGAGGGCGGCGCCGCCUUCGUGCCCUCGCCCGACGGGCCGCGCGUGGUGGCCGUGAUCGCCGCCUCCUUCUGCUGGAAGGGCGCCGAGUGGGUCGGGCUGACGCUGCUCUGCUCCCUGGCCGCCAUCCUGCGCAGCAGCGCCGCUGUCCUGGGCGAAGCCGGGAUCGCGGUGCCGCCGGUGCCGGCGUGGGUGGCCGCGGUGCCGGCGAGCAGCGGGCGGGACCCGCUGGGCUGGACCGCGCUGGUGGAGUGCGGGGCGACCUGGGGCUCCGGGGUGCUGCUGGCACCGAGGAUGCUCCUCACCUGCCGGCACGUCGUGGAGGCCAGAGCCCCGCUCCGUGUGACACCGGCAGCCGGCCCCGGCCAGGAUGCCGCCGUGCUCAGGGGACGCGUGGUGUUUGCCACCGAGGAGUCGUCCCCCUUCGACGUGGCCGUGGUGGAGCUGGAGGAGAGCGUGCCAGGCUUUGUCCCGCCGUGCCUGGCCACCACCUUCCUCCCAGGAGAAGAGGUGAGCGUGGUGGGCUUCGGGGCGCUGGGGCCGGCGUGCGGCCCCUCGGUGACAGCAGGGAUCCUCUCGGCCGUGGUGGCGGUGGCCGGGCGCCCCGUCAUGCUGCAAACCACCUGUGCCGUCCACGGCGGCUCCAGCGGCGGCCCCCUCGUCUCCUCCCGCAGCGGCUCCCUCAUGGGCAUCGUGGCCAGCAAUACACGGGACACCGCUGCGGGGGCCACCUACCCCCACCUCAACUUCUGCAUCCCCAUCACCGUCCUGCAGCCCCUCGUGGCGCGCUACCGCCGCACCGGCGACCCCGCUGCCUUCGCGGGGCUCAACCGGGUGGGUGAGGGGGUGAGGGCGACUUGGCAGCUCCAGCAGCGGCCAGGAUUCCCCAGCAAGCUCUGACCCCCUCGCGGGGGGCUUGUGCCAGGGACCGAGGUGCCAGGAACCGAGGUGCCAGGAACCGAGGUGCCAGGGUGGGGCUGCCACAUCCCCUCUUCGCCCUGGUGGCACGGGGCCCAAGCGCCUGGACUCCACAGAGCCGGUGGAGCAUGGGCACCCUGGGCCAGGGGAUAUGGCACGGUGCCUUUGAGUGCUGCUGACAACCCCAAAAUGGGGAGGUUUGGGGUCUGUGUUACUGUUUUCUUUUCUCCCUGGGGCCAUAAAUGCUGUGAGUUGA